AUGACCUUGGGAGUAAAAUGUGACAUUGCAAAGAGUGUAAAGUGUCUGAAGAGUCCAAAAAGUCCGAAGAGUCGGAAGAGUCCGGAGUCCGAAGAAGUCUCGAGUCUCAAGAGUCUCAAGAGUCUCAAGAGUCUCAAGAGUCUCAAGGGUCUCGAGAGUCUCGAGAGUCUCGAGAGUCAAGAGUCUCAAGAGUCUCAAGAGUCUCAAGAGUCUCAAGAGUCUCAAGAGUCUCGAGGGUCUCGAGGGUCUCGAGAGUCUCGAGAGUCUCGAGAGUCUCGAGAGUCUCAAGAGUCUCAAGAGUCUCAAGAGUCUCAAGAGUCUCAAGAGUCUCAAGAGUCUCAAGAGUCUCAAGAGUCUCAAGAGUCUCAAGAGUCUCAAGAGUCUCAAGAGUCUCAAGAGCCUCAAGGGUCUCAAGAGUCUCAAGAGUCUCAAGAGUCUCAAGAGUCUCAAGAGUCUCAAGAGUCUCCAGAGUCCAAGGAGUUCCAGGAGUCUCAGGAGUCUCAGGAAUCUCAGGAGUCUCAGGAGUCUCAGGAGCCUCAGGAGUCUCAGGAGUCUCAGGAGUCUCAGGAGUCUCAGGAGUCUCAGGAGCCUCAGGAGUCUCAGGAGCCUCGGGAGUCUCGGGAGUCUCGGGAGUCUCAAGAGUCUCAAGAGUCUGAAGAGUCUCAAGAGUCAGAGUCUUCGAGGUAG